AUGGGCACCUCCAUCAGGAUGGCCGAUUCCGAGCCGGACCGUGAUGGCGAGUUCGAACGCUUUGUCGCUACGUUUCAAAACCUAUCUUCUUCCCUCACGUCACCAGAAACAGGCCACUCUGUCUCGAAAACUACAGCCACGCCGAGUCCAUCCACCUAUGACCCAGACUACGAAUUCGAUGGUUUUGCAGCCACGCGACGAAUGCGGAAUAUCUCGGUUAAUCUGCAGCUCGUUUCCGAUCGUCCCGUUCAAGCCAAACAGGCGGCAGUGGAGGUGCCUCCGAAGUUCCCAGUUCUUGCCGCUGCCACUGAUUUCGACGGGCCUACCUUCGCUGCAGCCGCCGGUGUCGAUGGGCCUUCCUUCAGUGCUGCCUUCGGUGCUGCCACCGGUGUCAUCGGGCCUUCCUUCGCUGCUUCCACCGCUGUCAUUGGGCCUUCCUUCGGUGCUGCCUUCGGUGCUGCCACCGGUGUCGACGGGCCUUCCUUCGGAUCUAUUCAAGGCCCUAGUCUCUCACCGACUAAGGGACCUGCACUUUCGCUGUCUACUGCUUCUAAAGGACCUGCAUUUGUGCCGCCCGCCGGUCCCAGUAUCGAAGGUUUAGCCACGCAGAACGGUCGCUUUCGGUUCAAGAUUUCCCCUGUCGUGGGUACCGGCCUCAAAGCGAAGCCAGCCAAUCAUGCAGCCAAGAAGGUCAUCGACAAGGGCAAGGUCUUUAGCUUAGAGCCUACAGAUGAUGAAAUUGCCGAAAUCAAUCCUAUCAUCAAUUUUGCGCAACUAGCCAUGUCGGCCGGACAUCCGUCUUCCUCCAACCUGCGGAUUCCUGCUGGGGAUCUCAAGACGGCCAGGCCAGAUACCGAAGAGACAGAGCCUGCUGUCCAGCCAGAGCCAGCCCGCGAUGAGAUUGAGAUGUCGGCCUCAAGAACCCCCUCCUAUCCGCCCAUCUCCAACUUGGUUGGCCCAGCCGAAGAUCUAUUCAAGAAAUCCGCAAUGUUUGAUCCUCAACUUCACGGCGCGUAUUCGCUCCGUCCAGAAAAUGAAGCCUACGAUGAAUCGGCCGACAUCAGCGAUGACCCUGGAGCUACGUCGGAUGAUGGUCUUCACUCCAACCAGACGCCCGCUCUCACAGAUGGUUACUAUGAGAAUCUCCAGGACUGGAUUGACCCGAGUACCUAUGAUGUUCCUCCCACCGAGAUGAUUUACCACCCCCAGCUCAACAUCAUGGCUUGGUCGGUCAACGACUGGAACAACGACAUCCCGUGGCUGAUCGAACGUCACGGCCGUGCCAAGAAGACCCUCGCCGAGCUGCGGUUCGCCCACGCGCGCAGAAUCAGCGAAGAGCGUACGAACUACAGCUACCUCGACCCGACCGCCAUCUUCGCCAAGGAGAGGGAGAUCCACAUCCAGAUAACGGAAUUCAAUAGUUGGGAUGCUGGAUUGGCCAUCGGCUGGGGCUGGAUCCUGCAGAGGCUUGAGCAGCAGCAGCAGGCCCGGUUGGCCUUGGCCGACGGCAACAUGGACGACGGUGAUUACAUCGAAGACCACGAGAACUAA